AUGGGCUCCAAGUUUUGGCCCAAAGGCGGCCUCCCAGAAACACUCGUCGCCUUCGAGUAUACGUCCAGCACCAUCCGCAAACCCCACAGUCUUCUCUUCAUCGGCGGCCUGGGUGAUGGCCUUGCAACAACGUCUUACAUGGCCGAUCUUGUAAAUGCUCUACAGCCAACACAGUGGUCAAUCUUCUCUUUGAAUCUCUCCUCAUCCUACGGACAAUGGGGUCUCGGCCACCUGGAUAGAGACACGGAUGAGAUCGCAGAAUGUGUACGAUACAUUUUGGAUUACAAGACAUCCAAGUUUGGUACCAGCAAGAUCGUCCUCAUGGGCCAUUCAACGGGAAGUCAAUCCGUUCUGCACUACUUGCAUAGACCAAAUCCCCAUAUCAGCACCCCGGUGUUUGAUCCUUACCUUCAGCACGUCACCCGUCCCGCCGUUGACGGGGCUAUCAUGCAAGCACCUGUGUCCGACAGGGAGGCGAUACUUGCGUUGUUGAAGGAAGGCUUUGGAGACAAGUCAGCAAGCGAUAUGCAAGAAGUAUACGAUCAGAUGGAAGCUAUGGCAAAGGACGCUGCGCGUCAUGAUCAAUCUAUUGACACCCUGCUACCAUUAGCGUUAACAUCUCAGAUCUACCCAGGCGUUCCAAUAAGCUGCCGGAGAUUGAUGAGUCUCAUUAGUCCCGAGAGUCCCCAAGCACCCCAAGGAGAUGACUUGUUCAGCUCUGAUAUAGGCGACGAGCAGUUGUCAAAGACUUUUGGAAUGAUAGAAACCCAGGCGCUUCUAAGGGGCCCCUUGGUCGUUUUGAUUUCGGGAGCUGAUCAAUCAGUCCCUAACUGGGUCGAUAAGGAGAACCUGUUACGGAGGUGGAAAAAUGCCGCUGAUCAUGGAGGGAAAUAUCGAAUUUGGGAUGAUGAAUAUAGCGGAGUGAUACCAGGCGCCUCACAUGCCCUGAGUAACGACGACCAGGCCGAGCCACGCAAAGAUCUUGCUACAAGAGUGCUCGGCUACGUGCAUCGAUUGGAGCAAAAUUAA